AUGGCUAAUUUUAAUUACGAGUGGCUAGUUCUAACAGUCCUCAUCGUUAAUGCACUCUCGGCGACGUCUUAUGUCGAAUCUGCAGUUGGUCAUAGCGAGUUUGAAACAUGCGCGAGACAAUUGGAUGAAUGGUGCGGAAAGGAGAUCUUGCUGAGGAUUUUCUUCAACGACGCCAAUCCCUCAGGUGAUUGCUGCAUGGAGCUUACAGCAAUGGGAAAGGCAUGCCAUGACAAAAUAGUCAGGGCGACUCUUUCGUCGUCGCCGAUGUACCAGAAGAACUCAAAGGCAAUCCUAGGGAGAAGCCAAAGCACCUGGAACCAUUGCGUUUCAACAGUGCGGUCAUCCUCUCCGCACAACACAUCAUGUCCGCCGGUGUCCAACCUCACUUGUGCAAAACAGAUCGUCUCAAGAAUAUUUCGCAGCCAAGGAGAGCUCAGAACCGACUGUUGUGGAGUGCUCGUGGGCAUCGGGAAAGAUUGCCCGACAAGCUAG